AUGAAUGAUCCGCUCCGCCCCGGCCUUCAGCCGAUAUCUCACCUCAAGGCUGGGCCGACAACCUCCAGCUCCAGAUCCACCACGUUGCCUUCCCCAACGACGCUUCAGCCUCCUUCGCGUCCUUCUUCUCGACUCCGUACACAAAAGGAUUCUGGCAAGGAUGACCUAGACUCCGUUAGUGACAAGGCCACCACUGCCCUGAUCCGACGCGUCCUGUGCCCCCAGACAAGCAACUACGGUGCAUCUUCCCCACAGCCUCCGGAAGAGCUGUUACCUCCCCUCACGAGCUCCAAUGACGUUGAUCGUCAACUCUACGCCCUUCUCGCCAUUAUAAUAAAAGAAUUUGUUUAUUCGUGGUACUCGAAGAUUACCCCCGACCAGGCUCUUGUGAAUGAAGUUUUACAAGUAAUCGCGCAUUGCACGCGUGCACUCGAGCAGAGGCUGCGCCAAAUUGAUGUUGCACAAUUAGCCCUGGACGAGAUUCCUGGCCUGGUGGAAGCACAUGCACACUCGUACAGACUGGCCAGGCAACAGUCACAUCUUUCUGGCCUACCGACGUCGUACCGUACGCUCUAUCAUGAGCUAAAUCCACACCCCGGUCUUUCUCCAGUACCUGAUCCAGGGGAUCCAGAUACGAUCGCCGAGCAGAUAGAGAACGAAGCGGUCUAUCGGCGACUACUCGCCAACGGUAUCCUAGCUGUUCUUCUUCCAACGGAAGACCUCGAGAACAGCAGUCUCCGAGCGCUGGUGGUUGAUGUUAUAGCAGAUCUGAUCCUGGGAAACCAAGUCAGUGGCAGGGCAUGCGAAGGAUGGUUCAUUUGGGAAACUAUGGGCAAACUCGCCGCUCAAGUGGGACGCCGUCAAACCCAAGAUGACACAAAAUCCGCCCCGGACUCUCAAAUCAACCGAUUAGAGAAAUUUGGCUUGCUUUCAACCGAUGCUGAGCCCCCAGACGAGCCAUCGACGUCGUUCUCGGCCACCGCUUGGAUAUGGAACCUUCUGCAGAGCAUUUAUCUUGGUUACGUCGUCUUGCGUUUCAUUGCGAUGGGUUUAUUUCGUGUCGCAUCGAGUCCAGGCCCUUCUUCGCACGGUGUCGGUGUUUCACUUGCCUUACCCAUCAACCAGAAAAGAGAUGGGAUGGAGUCGUCAGAUGGCAUCACAAGCAGGCGCCCGGUUCUCGACUACCGGAUGUAUUCCAUGGUUUCGCAGAUACUGGGAAUCUCAUGGAGAAUGCCAUGGCUGAGUGGGUUUCUCGCCCUAUUCCAAUACCUUAUUUUGGCAGGCCCAGGUAGGGUCGGUGCUACAGAUGGAAUCUUUGAUAGAUUCCUCCGGGAGACCAUUGAGGAGUACGUGCUGACCCCCACUUUGUUGCCCAACCUUCUUCUUGCAACAAGGACCGCCUUGUUCCCAGCCAAUACCCGUCCAACAUCUCAGAUAGCGGCCGGGCAUAUUGAAGCUCCGGCCUCGGCUCUGCAGUCUGUGCAGACCCCGACGCCCAGUCAGAAAGCCCUCGCGCCCACGGCCGCACCUAAUACUCCUAUUGUGGAAGGAAUCAGAGGCCCUGAUACCGAUGUCAUUAGUAAAACUAAUGAUCUGGGGAACAGCAGCAACAGCAGCAAUACUGGAGGUGCCUCAACAGGCACCUCAGGCCGUCCAUCGUCACUUUCUGCCAUUGUAGCCGAUGACCCAACACCAGAGUUAAAUGAGCCGGCCGAACCGGCAAAAAGGAACAGCCCAUCUAGGACGGAGAUCGCCGCUAUCAAGCGACGAUGUGCAGCUAGUCUCCUGGCCGUGAUCCCGCGCUCCCUCGUACGAACUUUCCUUGGUGUUCCCUCGUCGGCGCCUCCGCCGCCCUACAGAGGUGACGGUACCUGCAGCUCCAACAGUUCACCCUCUCUCAUCACGUCGUCCCCACCUCCUUCCCCCAGCGCGCACCAGGAAUCUUUCCAAGAGGGGAAGGCAAAUCUGGCGCCAUCGCAUUCGCCUUUGCCUUCGAGCCCCUGUCCAGUUGCGUGUGGCCACCUUGCCGCUGAGCGGCUGCGCACAGACGAUGAUCCGUCUGCGGGGGUUGAUCGCGAGGAACUACACCUCCUGGAUAUAAUCGAACAUGAUUUUCUAGACCUCUUUGCAGAUGAGUACUGCAAUAAACAUCUAGUCUGGAGUAUUAUCGAGACAGUGCUGGCUAAGAUGCUUCCCGAAAUGGCUGAGCGCAGUGUUGAAGAUUUACUGGAGGAUCGUGGGGUGGCGUCAGUGCCGCCUGCAUUUGUAUAG